AUGGCACCCAACGACUUCUAUCCCACGAGGAACAACUAUUACAACGCGCAGACAAACUCGUCGCAACAAUAUCCCGGACAUCAGGGCCAGAAUACAGCUGGACAAUCCACGAAUCGCACCUACCAGGCCCAUAAUGCGGCGACAAGCCAGCCGGACUACAUGUCAUAUUCGGCACAAGCAUACAAUGGACAGCAGGGGGCCUAUGGACAGCAACAGGAUGGGUCAUGGAGCAAUAAUACAGCCGCGGAGGCAUUGAGAAAUCUCAGCAACGCUGCCUACGCAACUGGUAGCGCCACGGCCGUCAGCAGUGGUGGCUUCACUCCGACAAACGCUGCUCCCUCGAAUCGCUACUCGACUACGGUUACGCAGCCACAGCAAAAUCAGUAUGAGGCAGGACUGAGCAGCAUUCAAGCGCAUGCUUCCUACGGGCAGACACAGCCCAGGCCGAGUAGUAUCAACGCGACCGCUAAUGCGCGGGCCCCUCCGGCUCCAAGUCAAGGGCUUCAAUCACCAACAGUCGCAGCCGCAUAUCCGUCGCAACGUGUCCAAGCGACCUUCAAUCAGCAGAGAUCAGCAAGUCCUGCCCAUCCUACUUUUCAGGCAGACCACAGCUCGGCUCACUCGAGUUCAAAGAAACAGUCGAGUUCUGUUUCGUCGGCUCAGUACACAGACUUCAGCAACAGAGUCCUUCCGCAUGUCACGGAGCCACCGCGGACUUCCCUUCCAGCUGCCGUCUCAGCUUCGUAUAUUUAUGGAGACCGUCAGGCUUCAGCGCCAGUAAUACAGACGACAACUAACCAUUUCGAGCAGCCCACGAUUACUGUUGACCCUAUGCAAGUCUAUGACCCAUGGAGGGAAUAUGAGCGGAAGCAGGAAGCAUUGCGAGCCCAAAAGGCUGCCGAAGAAGCUGUCCUAGCUGAACAAAAAAGGAAGCAAGAUGAAGCGAAGAGGGCUGAAGUGACUAAGAAGAAGGCCGAGGAGGAGCGCAAGAAGGCGGAAGAAGAGAGGAGGUUGGAAGAGCAGCGACAUGUUGAGGCGGAAAGGCGCUCCCUUGAACCCCAGAGUGCUAACUCUAGAAGCGUAACGACUACGUUGACCGACGCUGCUCAUGCUUCAAGUAGCGCCCAGGACACCGAAGCGGAGAUCAGGGCCCUAAUGGCCAAGAUGAGGGAGCUCAACGGCAAAGAUCCCGCAUUACUCGCAAAGAUCUGGGAAGAAGAGAGAAGAACUCAUGUUGCAAGCCAGCAAGCUAGAUCCUCUCAGACACCGACGGCGCCUUCACCCACCGUGCAAGCAGCUCCGGCUGUUCAGACCCAUACUCAGCCGCCUCAAGUACAGCAAACGCAUACACCAGCUCAAACACCAAAACCAGUUCGACAGCAGAAAGGAGGCACUAUUUGGCCACCCGACAAGACACAACUGCUCGCUGAGACCGCGUCUCUAUGGCUUAAUCAGAUCCCGGAGAACAAAGAUAAACCAAUUACUGCAGCUCACAUUCUACGCAUGCUUCAGAGCAAUCCUUCCUACGUUGACCUUUGCGAACAACUUGAGAGAAUGGGUCUAAAAUUGGAUAGGGCUCUAUUUGCAAAGUCGUUAUUAGCAGCGGUCCCAGAUGUCAAUUCAGCGUCCCGCCAAUCCGCCCAGGCAGCACAACGUCCACCGCCUGCCGAUCCUCAACCAACUGCGGUUUCAAACACGCCUUACCAUGAUAGCUAUCCUCCAUUUCCUGAAGCAGACUCGCCACCUUACAUGCCUCAGGAUGACUCUCCGCCGCCGCUGCCCGCACCAGUGGCACAAAUGAUGCCCAAACAAGAGCCACCGAGAGAUACACUCAAGCCAGCGAAUAAAGAAGAAGCUGCAAGAAAACGAGACUUUAGCGAGUUCGUCGAUUUGACAGCUCUGUCAGAUGAGGAUGAUUUGCCUCCGGUAAAGAAGUCAAAAGCCGAACAAAACUUCCCACGUCAGUCCUUGCCUGGAUCCGCGCCUCUAAGUGUUGUGGAUUCAUACGUACCUAGUCCGAAUUUCGGACGGUUCCCAAUAGUGCCAUCACAACCAGCGCAUGGCACCACAACCCCACCUACAAAAGAUCCAAGGUUCACCAACAUCGUCCAACCGAUAAAUAAGAAGAAAGCGCUUCGACGAUCAGGAUACGACAUCAAGACAAUUGCUCGCGACGUAUUACUUGCCACGGGACGACAUCCAAGCAUGCGACCUUUGAACGCCCAUCUGGAACCUUUAAAAAGCUCGUUUGCCGAAGUAGACAACACUUCAGACCUGAGCACCCUAAGAUGGGAUAUUAUAGAUCCUGGAGAACCACCGAAAGGUUAUUUUCAAAACAGUCUAUUCACGCAAGAGCAAGAAGACGCCGAUGACGAAGACGACAGCGAUGACGAUCACGCGAGGGCCAGAGCGCGACCACAGGUCGUCGUCCGGCAGUCAAUUGGCACUGGGGGAGGCGGAGGGAUGAGUUCUUUCUCUGAAACACCGUCUUUAAGCGGCCUUCUAAAGGAAGGUUCUAAGAAACGUGGACGUGGAAGACCACCUCGGGCGAGCUACCCCGUUACUUCUAGACCAUACGGAUUUGGAGAUGGCGCGACUUCCAGUCCCCGUACAAAACCGCCGCCUACGAACAGAGCAGCUGGGGGUACAGGGUAUGCCGCAUUACGAGAGCAUAAUGCAGACGGAACGCCCAUCAAGAAGAGAGGACGACCCGUUGGGUGGCGUAAAGCCAUACACGGAUCCGCAGAAGCCCAAGGUCGCGAGGUCGCCCGCCAACCAAGCGGGUUGCGCAAUGUCAGUACUGCAGGUGCUGACUCCUCAACCACAAAAGCUGCUAGAGGUGCCAAAACAUCCGGCAAAAUUAGAAGCGAACCCAAUUAUCAAGUGUUCAAGUGCAAGUGGCAGCUUUGCACCGCAGAGUUGCACAACCUUGAGACUUUGAGGAAGCACGUGGAGAAGAUUCACGGUAAAGCAGCUGCACAUGGAGGAUUCGACUGUUUAUGGGAGGCCUGUGGAAAGGACGUCAUAUUCUACGAUAAGAGAACAGGCCAUUCUGAACAACGUCACCAAUAUUUCGACUUCGACAAUCUCUCUAAAUGGCGCGAGCACCUGGAGCUGAAGCACUUCGGGCCCCUAGCCUGGACUAUGGGCGAUGGUCCACCAAGUGGGCUCUCGGAUGCGGGACAUAACUCGGAUGCGAACAUGAGCGACCACCGUGCAAGGCGCGCCACCCCUAGGAUAUCAGCACCAUCGUCUCUUCACGACAGUCCUGGCGUCGGCCGUGCUGCUGAAAGCACAGCGCCCAAACCCCCUCGGCGGGGAAGACCGCCCAAACCAUCGCAAGAACAGGUUGCGCAAGAGACGGAGGAUACAAUGCUCAAGAAGAAGAGGGAAGUCGGGCCUGGAGUAGACAAAGGAGGGGCUAGACUUGUAACUCCGAAGCGGCGUCGCGGAUUCGACGACGCAGAAGACUUCGACGAACUGAUCGUCGACAAGGAGGACUAGUAGGGGCAUAGGUAGCAGUAGUGCUCUCAUCGGUACAAAUCUUAGGGUUGCAGGCAUGGCAUCUCAAAGGUUCAUGGAAGCGAUUGCGAAUUUGGAGUUAUUUGUUACAAGGAAUACCCCUUUUGCUGCAAUCGGGGGACAGAAUCUGUAUCAUAGGUACGGCUCUAUCUGCUGGCAGCAGAUCUUGAGGGCAUGAAACAGUUAAGGUAUGCGGUCAAGGAUCAAAAUAGUUCUGAUACCAAUGAAUUCAACGGAAUGCAUUCAUCGCUGCCACAUUGACCGAUUCACUUCCCG